AUGGCUUCUCGCGGCAGUCUGACCGUCUCCACCGCCUCUGGCAAGGCGGCGGCAGGCGGCGGCGGAGGAGGGCAGUGCUUGUGCUCCCCCACGACGCACCAGGGGUCCUUCAGGUGCAGGUUUCACCGCGCUGCAUCGUCAUCGUCGGCUUGGAGCAAGAUGAUGAUGAAGAGAUCCUAUUCCAUGCCUGCUAAUACUAGUAAUAAUAACAAUGAUAAUUCUGCUUCUACUACUACUACUUCUGCAUCCAUGGCUUCUUUUUCUCCCAAGACUGUUGAAUCCAACUGA